AUGGAUGUAUUAUAUUCACUCAUACGAGUCGAUAAAAAACUUCACAGAUUAGCUCGAGAUAUUACUUUUACACAGUCUAUCAAUUUCGUAACAAUACUAUCGAAUGAACAUGAUAAUUCAAGAAACAAUUCAAUACUUAAUCGAUUCUGUCUUUUAACUUUACCUCGAAUUCAGCAAAAUAUUCAAUCUCUUACUCUUGAUUCAUUAUCAACAGAUCGUGUUCUUCGCAUUGGAAAUUUUUCGAAACUUCAUAAAUUUAGUCUUGUUAAUCUUCCAAUUGAAAUGGCAUGUCGUAUUUCCAAUGAUGAAUCAUCAUUGGUUUAUACUCUCAGUCAUCAAAUCUCACAUCUAACUGUUACGAUUAAUGUAGACGACAUAGCUCAACAUAUACGGGAAUUGUUUAAAAAUGUUUUUACCACUAUUUUUCGAAUGUUUAUGAAUUUAAUUCAUUUUAAUUACAGUUGUCAUAGUGAUUUAUUGUAUUCACCAAAAGCAUUUAUUGAUUUAGCAUCUAGAACAUGUUAUUCAUCAAAUAUUGUUCAUUUGAAUGUUAGGCUUAACGAUUUUAAUGAUUGUCUUUGUUUACUUAAUGGACAUCUUAGUCAAUUGCAUACAUUUAUUGUAGAAAUUGAUAUGAUUCGUAAAACAUUGAUGACUAUCAAUAAUACGAAAACUGUGUCUAAUUUACAAUGUUUCUCAUUGAUUUCAUUUCGUGAAACAAUUGAGUAUGAUAAUAAAAUUGUACCAUUGCUUCGUCAAAUGUCAAAAUUAGAAAAACUUACAGUAUCUCUUAUUGUUUAUCGUCGAAUUUCAUUCAUUGAUGGCAAUCAUCUAGUUAAUGAUAUUCUUAAUAAUAUGUCACAUCUCCAUACUUUCCAUAAGUUCUGCAGGGAGAAUAGUUGA